UCGGGCGUCGUCACUCAUCAGCCAUUUUGCGACGGGAUGUGACGUCGCUAUGACACAAUGAAUCUCCGCGAAAUCCGGCUUUGGAGGUACCGGUAAAAACACAACCCGCUGUUUAAAUUGGAAUAAUAUUUAGUGAUUCAUACAAACGACAAUGCGCGGAUUGAGCACUGGGGGAAAUAGUGUAGUUCGUUUUGAUUUUGACAUGUAGUUUCGUUCACUUUUAAAACUGGAGUAUGAAUCUGAGAUUAAUAACAGAGAGCAAGCUAUCUAUGUGCAGCAUCGUUGGUCUUUUCCUCAUCUGUGCAGUUUUAGUCCGUUGCCACGGGACGUGCAAACACCAUGUCCCGCUUCCAAAUGAGGUUGUCCAUUUUGUGCAUUUGAAGCCUGCUCAUGUCAUGAAAAGAAGCGCUGAUGACCAAUCUCUCAAGAUUAAAAUAAUAUACGACUACAGUGUGGAUGAGCUCCCUGCAGUCAAAAGAAGACUGGUGAAGGACAAGCUGUUUCCCCAGGCAAUUGACUACCUGCAGAAAGCAUUCUUUGUGAGGCACAGGGUCAGCCCGAUUCUUCUCAGCAGACAAUGUGCAACUAACCAGUAUCUGAAGAAGAGGGAUGAUCCUCAUCGCUACUGUCAGAAUGCCUGUGCAAAUAUCACUUAUUGUGGCCCAGUCAUUGUACCUCAACACCACUUGCAGCAAUGCAAGAUGUGCGUCGAGUCGGGGAAGUCCUGUGCUCCGUCAGGUUCCCCAGAUGGCCCAGGGGUCGAAGGGUUUGACUUUGUCCUCUAUGUCAGUGGGAUUGUAACAAAACGAUGUGGACUGGAGAACAUUGUGGCUUAUGCAGCUUACUGCCAGCUGGAGUCUGUACUAGACAGACCGAUAGCUGGUUAUGCCAACUUGUGUCCUGCCAUGAUCUCAUCAGAGCCUCAAGAGUUUGAAGGAAUGCUCUCCACUGUGAAACAUGAGAUCAUCCAUGCUCUGGGGUUUUCUGCAGGUCUGUUUGCUUUCUACCGGGAUGAUGAUGGCAAACCUUUGACUCCUCGCUUUUCCAGUGGCCUUCCUGCGUUUAAUGAGAGCCAGGGUCUGUAUCAGUGGAGUGAGGCAGUGAUCAAGCGUGUCAACAGACUAUGGGACAUUAGAGGAGGACAGAUGGUGCGACAUGAAGUUCAUGUCGUUGUGACUCCGCGGGUUGUGGAGGAGGUAAGAAAUCAUUUCAAGUGUCCAAUCUUAGAAGGAAUGGAGCUGGAGAACCAAGGGGGUCCUGGGACUGAACUCAAUCACUGGGAAAAGAGACUUUUAGAGAAUGAAGCCAUGACAGGCUCACACACACAAAAUAGGGUGUUUUCCCGAAUGACGCUGGCCAUCAUGGAGGACACCGGGUGGUACCGAGCUAACUAUAGCCUGGCCGAGACACUGAACUGGGGCCGUGGACUUGGCUGUGAUUUUGUCAUGAAGAGCUGCAAGUUCUGGAUGGACAGACAGAGACAGAGAAAGCAUGCUGGCAUGCCUUACUGUGACACAGUGCGAGCCUCUCCUUUGCAGCUAAUGUGCAGACAGGACCAACUUGCGGUGGCUGUCUGCAACUUGCAGAAAUACCCACAUGAGUUGCCACUGGAGUAUCAGUAUUUUGAACAGAUUCCAGAUGUGUCUGCUGACCAGCUGCCAUUUUUUGGUGGCGCAGUAGAGAUUGCUGACUUCUGUCCUUUUAGUCAGGAUUUUAGUUGGCACGUGAGUGGAGAGUAUCAGAGAAAUUCAAACUGCAGAGUGUCAGAGAAUCAACCAGAAUGGUGGAGGAAUUAUGCAGCAGAGUAUUAUGGGCCAAACUCAAUCUGUUUGUACCAGAAGUCAGCUUUUGUAAUGGAGCAGUGCACCAAGAAGAUAACUUAUCCUGACUGGGGCUCUGGAUGCUACAAGGUCUUAUGUUCAGCUCAGGGCCUGACAGUGCACAUUCAGGGACACACCUUCCUCUGUCUCUAUAAAGGUCAUCUCCUGAGUGUGAGUGUGCUUGUCAACGACUGGGUAUAUAACGGUGUACUGAUCUGCCCUGCUUGUACCGACUUCUGUGACGACUGUCCGGUCUUCGAGGAGAUCCCAACAAUGAAUACCUCCAGGAUUAAGACCAUUGAUCCAUGUUCCAAGGCUUCUGGUAGACCCGUGAAUUUCAGUCUCCAGUGGACCCUUAUUGCUGUGCUGCUCACCUGCCAUUUAAACUGACAGAACUCAAAAAGAGCAACGUGUGACCUCAAAUGAAUGACUUUGUUUUGCACUUUUCCAAUUUAGACCAUUCAUAUUUGUCCGUUUUGUAAUACCUAUCAUUCAAGCUUGCAGGUGACAUGAAUCCUGUUAGAAUUAUCUCGAAAAUAAUUUAAUACGUUCAACCUAAAGAAAGCUGAAUCAGGCUUUUUUUUUUUUGUCUCUUGGGCCCAGGAAAGCGAAAGAUGAAGGCAGCUAUCCCGGACAGCUUCACCUUGUUCUCCCACUUUAUUACUUUCCAGGAGGACUUUUAUUACAGACACUUUCCUCCUGUUUAUCAAAUAAAAAUGAAUACACUACUCACCAUAUUGUUACAUUUUAUGAAGAAUUUCAUUAACAUAGCCACAUGUAUUUUAUCAUUGGAGGGUCAUUGAACGCUUGUCUUUCCAUUGUUAUUUUUUUCUUCUCAAGUUACAGAAGUAUUAAUCAUCUUUGUCAUCAUUGCUCGGGUAUACUGUACAGUAAAAUGGAAUGUGAAUCAUGUGAAUAAGCUAAGUAAUAGUAUUAUGCAUACAAGCAGAAGAGGUGGGUAGUAACGAGUUACAUUUAUUCUGUUACAUUUACUUGCGUAACUUUUUGAGAAAAUACAGUGGUACCUCAACUUACGAAGGUCUCGACAUACAAAAUUUUCAGGUUAAGACACGUCUCAACGGGAAAAUAUUGCCACUUGUUCCGAAAGAAAUUUUAGAAUAUGAAAGGUAAAAAUACAUUAUGGCUGGUACUCACAGCUCCCAGAGUUUACUAAAGGUAACAUACUUAUAGCUGCUCUGCCACAGACUACUGCCUAGCAUUCCUGGUAUCCAAUUGGCUUAGAAGGACCUUCACUGUAUGUGUAUGUGUGUAUCCCAGCAUCCUCUUAAUUCACCCCACAUAUUCUGACAGAUUCACGUGAAUGUAUUAACUGUAAUUCUUUAUUCUUGAUUUUUUUACAUGGUGCACACCUCUAAUUUUAUGUUUAUUGUCCAAUAAUCGUAACAUGUAUUUGUUACAUGUUUUGAUGCAUUUGUAUGGAAAACGCGUCUCUACUUAAAGAAUUUUCAAGUAACAAAACUAGUUCCACAACCAAUUGAUUUCAUAAGUAGAGAUACUACUGUACUUCUAAGAGUAGUUUUACUAAGCCAUACUUUUUACUUGAGUGGAAUGUGGAUUUGUGAAGAAGAAACGCUGCUCUUACUCUGCUACUUUGGGCUACACUAGUCGUUACAUUUUUUCUCUUUAUUCUACCUAUUAGAUUUCACUUUUUUUCCCCAACAAUGCCAACAGUAGCUCUACCAGUUUCAACGCUGAGGCAUUGCAACAAUUAUCACAUGACUCCAUUUUAACAAUCAGACUCAAACUUGCCGUUCUAUGAUCACGCCGGCCUGCUCAAUCACGUAAGAAACAACGUAAAAAUGUAAGUAUUUGAAAUGGAGCACUGCCCUCAACAUGAUUCAAAAGCGCGGCUUUGAACCUCUCUCCUAGCUUUUAUUUGGCAAUGAUUGACCAAGGAAAACCAAAGAUAUGAUCCUUUUAAUUUCAUAAUAGGAACUAUGAAGGAACUAUUCAAACUAGGGACUAUUUUUGUAUUUAGAGGGCACUCAUGCUCUUGGGCCGAAUGAUGCAUCGGUUCUGCAGAUUUUUUUUCUCUCGCCGGAAUUCGCCGGAAGAUUUUUUUUUCCUUAAUUUCUUUGGCUUACAGUGUAUCACAAAAGUGAGUACACCCCUCGCAUUUCUGCAGAUAUUUAAGUAUAUCUUUUCAUGGGACAACGUCACUGACAAAAUGAAACUGAUACAAUAAAAAGCAGUCUGUGUGCAGCUUAUAUAACAGAGUUCAUUUAUUUUCCCG